UGCGUGUAUGGGGUUUCACCACCCUCUCUUUCUGCUAACCUCUGCUCUCCUCUUUUUUUUAGCUUUCUCCACUCUCUUCCUCACCACAUCCCUUUCAAGCCUACUUUAAAGGGCUCUUUUCUGAGCUUUGGUGUGAUUAAAGGGAGGAUUGGGCUGUGUUGCUGCUGGUGGGGGAGGAGGAAGGAGAAGAGACCCCUAGGAUUCUGUAGCACCAAGUUGGCGAGUCAGUAGAGUAGCAGAAAAUCUUUGAGAAAGAAGACUAGUACUCAAGUUGUUGAAGAAGGCCGGAUUUUUUUCUUCCCAAAUUCUUCUGCAGCCAUGCCUAUAAGACAGAUGAAGGAGAGCUCAGAACAACACCUUGUGAUCAAGGCCCAAGCUAACGCCCCCAUGAACCCAGUUCCGAAAGUUCUUAAAACCUCACAGAAUGGCAAAAGCCCACCACAUCAGGAACCAACACAGGAUGCAAAACUGCCGAGCCAGAACCCAGCUCCUGCCAAGAAUAGUAGAAGAAGACGAGGUCGAGGGGUGCAGAAGGCCGGGCAAUGUGACACCUCCUCCGGCGUGAAGCCGCCAACCACGUACCAGCUUCCGAGUGGGAGUUCGGAGAAUGCAAGUCAUCUGGGUGGCAGAGAGAUGGGUUUUCCUUCCUCAAGUAGAUCUCUGAGGUUUCCUCCAAGGCCUGGGCUUGGUCAAGCAGGGACUAGAUGUAUGGUAAAAGCUAACCAUUUUUUUGCCGAGCUACCAGACAAGGAUUUAAUCCACUAUGAUGUGACCAUAACACCAGAGGUGGCAUCCAAAAAUGUCAACAGAAAUAUCAUCGCAGAACUCGUGAAACUGUACAGGGAAUCUGAUCUUGGGAUGAGGUUGCCUGCCUAUGAUGGCAGGAAGAGUUUGUAUACAGCUGGAGAGCUCCCUUUCUCUUACAGGGAGUUUAACAUCAAGCUUGUGGAUGAAGAAGAUGGAAUUAAUGGCCCCAAAAGGGAGAGAGAAUAUAAAGUGGCAAUUAAGUUUGUUGCCAGAGCAAAUUUGCACCACCUGGGUCAAUUUUUGGUAGGCAAAUGUGCAGAUGCUCCACAAGAAGCUCUUCAGGUUCUGGACAUUGUUUUGAGGGAACUUUCAAGUAAAAGGUACUAUCCUGUUGGAAGAUCUUUCUUUUCUCCUGAGAUUAAGACACCACAGAGGCUUGGUGAUGGUUUGGAAUCAUGGCGUGGGUUUUACCAGAGUAUAAGGCCUACACAGAUGGGUUUGUCCCUAAAUAUUGACAUGUCUUCAGCAGCGUUUAUCGAGCCUUUGCCUGUAAUUGAGUUUGUCGCUCAGCUUCUGGGAAAGGAUGCAUUAUCGAGGCCAUUUUCUGAUUCUGAUCAUGUUAAGAUUAAGAAAGCACUUCGAGGAGUCAAAGUUGAAGUAACUCAUAGAGGACAUGUGCGACGGAAGUACCGGAUAUCUGGGCUAACAUCACAACCUACUAGAGAACUCAUGUUUCCAGUUGAUGACCAGUGCAUGAAGUCAGUUGUUGAUUACUUCCAGGAGAUGUAUGAAUUCACCAUCCAAUAUACCCAUCUUCCUUGCCUUAAAGUGGGAAAUCAGAAAAAGGCUAACUAUUUACCAAUGGAGGCUUGUAAGAUUUUGGGAGGACAAAGGUAUACCAAAAGGCUGAACGAAAAGCAGAUCACUGCGCUGCUGAAAGUUACAUGCCAAAGGCCAAAGGAUCGGGAGAAUGACAUUUUGCAGACAGUUCAACAUAAUGCCUAUAAUCAAGAUCUGUAUGCAAAGGAGUUUGGAAUCAAAAUCAGUGAGAAGCUAGCAUCUGUUGAGGCUAGAGUUCUUCCUGCACCUUGGUUGAAAUAUCAUGAUACCGGGAAGGAAAAAAAUUGCUUGCCUCAAGUUGGACAGUGGAAUAUGAUGAACAAGAAAAUGAUAAAUGGAAGCAAGGUAACUCGGUGGGCAUGCAUCAACUUUUCUCGUAUUGUCCAAGAGAGUGUAGCACGCAGUUUUUGCAAUGAACUGGCUCAGAUGUGUCAAGUCUCAGGCAUGGAAUUCAAUCCUGAACCUGUAAUUCCAAUAUAUUCAGCCAGGCCUGAACAUGUUGAGAAGGCUCUGAAGCAUGUCUAUCAUGCAUCAAGCAAACUCAAAGGGAAGGAAUUGGAAUUACUAUUAGCUAUUUUGCCUGACAACAAUGGCUCUUUGUAUGGGGAUCUCAAGCGGAUAUGUGAGACAGAUUUGGGGUUAAUAUCACAAUGCUGUCUUACGAAGCAUGUUUUCAAGAUCAGCAAACAGUAUCUUGCCAAUGUCUCCCUGAAAAUCAAUGUGAAGAUGGGAGGAAGAAAUACCGUUCUUGUGGAUGCAGUGAGUUGGAGAAUACCAUUAGUCAGCGAUAUACCGACUAUAAUAUUUGGAGCAGAUGUGACACACCCAGAAAAUGGAGAAGACUCCAGUCCUUCAAUUGCUGCUGUCGUAGCUUCUCAAGACUGGCCUGAAAUUACAAAGUACGCUGGCCUGGUUUGUGCUCAGGCUCACAGGCAAGAACUUAUACAAGAUUUAUAUAAGACGUGGCAUGAUCCUGUCCGGGGCACAGUUAGUGGAGGCAUGAUUCGGGAUCUCUUAAUAUCCUUCAGGAAAGCUACCGGGCAAAAGCCACUGAGGAUCAUCUUUUACAGGGAUGGUGUGAGUGAAGGGCAAUUUUACCAAGUUCUGCUCUAUGAACUAGAUGCAAUCCGGAAGGCCUGUGCCUCUCUUGAACCAAAUUAUCAACCACCAGUGACUUUUGUUGUGGUCCAGAAGAGGCAUCACACAAGACUCUUUGCCAACAAUCACAAGGAUCGAGCUAGCACUGAUAGGAGUGGAAAUAUUUUACCAGGCACUGUGGUUGAUUCUAAAAUCUGUCAUCCAACAGAAUUUGACUUCUAUUUAUGUAGCCAUGCUGGAAUCCAGGGAACAAGUAGACCAGCUCAUUACCAUGUUCUAUGGGAUGAAAACAAUUUUACGGCAGAUGGAUUGCAGUCUCUAACAAACAAUCUAUGUUACACAUAUGCAAGGUGCACACGAUCAGUCUCUGUUGUUCCUCCAGCGUACUAUGCACACUUGGCAGCCUUCCGAGCUCGGUUCUAUGUGGAACCGCAUUCCCAGGAGAAUGAUACAGCAAGCAAUGGUGUACAGGCCACAUGUGCAGCUGGAGAGUCUGCAGUCAGGCCGCUGCCAGCACUCAAAGAAAAUGUGAAGAGGGUGAUGUUCUACUGUUAAAGCUUUACGACAUGAUAGGAUCUAGUUCAUGUAUAGAGGAACAAUGGUCUCAUAGAAAAUGAUUGCUCCAUGUGGCACUCCAAUGAUGGUGUAUCAAGUUGUCUAUUCGAUUUUGAAUCUGUGAAAGGCCUUAGUUCAUGUGUAGUUUAUUGUGCUUCUGCUCUUUCUGAAUUCAGAGGUGUAUGAAUUUUUUGGUAGCAAUAAAUUAGAAGGAAAGUGGAAAGAAGUUUAGUUCUUCUUCAAACAUCAA